CGGCCCCCAACUCUGUUGCCCCCUUCCUCCUGCCCGGCCUUGCUCUGAGCCGUCCGUCCGUCCGUCCCGUGCAGGGUCUCCACUAGGUAGCCAGGUCCCUGCCACUGUCUCCUCUACCUCCAGGGAUACUGAGGUCCCUCCAGGGGAAAACCAGGAGGUGAUAGGGGCAAUACAAGACUCUCCCUUCUCCCGCUCCGCCACUCCUGUCUCAUCACCAGGCACCAGCUGAAUGUGGUCCUCCCCUACUGGUUCCACUGCUGACCUCCAGCUGUCUGCCUCGCAGGAUCCCUGACCUGCCCCUGCUGCUCCUCCAAAGGCCACAGGCUGGUGCCGCGGACCACCGGUUUCCACCACAGCAUGCCCUUUUCUGGUGCAACCGGACCCUCCGAGGCAUCUCUCUGGAGCUGGAGGCCAGCCUGCAGGGAAAUGGAGUCGAAGGUUUCCGAAGGCGGUCUGAACGUCACCCUCACCAUCCGGCUGCUGAUGCAUGGCAAGGAAGUUGGAAGCAUCAUUGGAAAGAAAGGAGAGACUGUGAAGAAGAUGCGUGAGGAGAGUGGUGCAAGGAUUAACAUCUCAGAGGGGAACUGCCCCGAGCGAAUUGUGACCAUCACUGGCCCCACCGAUGCCAUCUUCAAGGCUUUUGCCAUGAUCGCCUACAAAUUUGAGGAGGACAUAACCAACUCAAUGAGCAACAGCACUGCUACCAGCAAGCCUCCGGUGACGCUGAGACUGGUCGUGCCAGCCAGUCAGUGCGGCUCGCUGAUUGGGAAGGGAGGCUCCAAGAUCAAGGAAAUCAGGGAGUCAACAGGUGCUCAGGUUCAAGUGGCGGGGGACAUGCUGCCCAACUCCACGGAGCGGGCAGUGACAAUCUCGGGGACACCCGACGCAAUUAUCCAGUGUGUCAAACAGAUCUGUGUGGUGAUGCUGGAGUCCCCACCAAAAGGUGCCACCAUUCCCUACCGCCCAAAGCCCGCCUCCACCCCUGUCAUUUUUGCAGGUGGUCAGGCCUAUACAAUUCAGGGACAAUACGCCAUUCCACACCCGGAUCAGUUGACCAAGCUCCACCAGUUGGCUAUGCAGCAAACCCCCUUUACUCCCCUUGGACAGACCACCCCCGCUUUCCCUGGAGAAAAGCUGCCCUUACAUUCCUCCGAAGAAGCUCAAAAUCUGAUGGGCCAAUCAUCAGGUUUGGAUGCCAGUCCCCCGGCCAGUACUCAUGAACUCACCAUUCCCAAUGAUCUAAUAGGCUGCAUAAUCGGACGCCAAGGGACCAAAAUCAAUGAAAUUCGGCAGAUGUCGGGAGCGCAGAUCAAAAUCGCCAACGCCACAGAAGGGUCAUCGGAGCGCCAAAUUACCAUCACGGGAACCCCUGCAAACAUCAGCCUCGCUCAGUACCUCAUCAACGCCAGCUCUCCAGACCCUGAUCCCCACGGGAGGAACCCCUUCACCGCCUGACCGGAGCGCUGCAGCCGACACCGUGCCAGUGGCUGAUGCUUGAGCCUCCCACAAAGAUGCUGCUGGCUUCCUGUGAGCACCUCCUCUCCUCUGUCGCACCCUUGGGCUUGCUGCCUGGAGCCCCCUGCCCACGGCUGUGCAGAACUCGCUCCCUCGGCUGCGGGUUGGAGGCUCAAGCAGCCACGGGCAGGAGGGCAGCAGCUGGCAGCCAGCCCGCAGCAGCCCCUGCUUCUGCCAGCAAGCAUUUCGCCAUCACCUCACUCGGCGCUUCUCCAUCACCCCUCACUCCCCUGAUGCUUUGUAAUGUAUUUAUCGUGGCUUAUUUGUGUAAAUGCAAUAAAGCUUUUGU